GGGGGUAAUGACCUACGCCCAAUUCGGGGUGCAUGGUCGUGAACUGGAUGGGACGAAUGUUCUUAUUAUACCUGCCGCCUUUCUCUUUCUCGACUUGCCUUCCCUCUCUUUUAUCCCCAUCUCCAGCUUGUUGAGUCGUUAAUACGCGGUCUGAUAGCCAGCCGUUGCGACCGUUUGGUUUGCGUCCUUUUAUUGUUCUCGUUGAUCACUACACUCAUUACCUACCGGUUUCGGCCACUUCACUACCUUUUUUGUCUAUAAUAAUCGUAAUCACUCAUUCAAAUGCAUUUCACAAGAUCACUUGCUGCGGCCGCGCUCUCGGCCGCCCCGGUCCUGGCCACAAAGUCUUACAAGGUUAACACCUAUUGGGGACAAGCAGGUGUUGGUGACACCCUCGGCCAGUACUGUGAAUCGACUUCCAUCGACUACAUUACCCUUGGCUUCGUGAACAACUCACCUGAACACGGAAAUGGCACUCAUUACCCAGGAACCAACUUCGCUGCACACUGCGCGGCCGAUGUCUAUGUCAAAAAUGGUCAGAACUCGAAGCUCCUCAGCGGUUGUUCGUUCAUCAAGGACGACAUCAAGAAGUGCCAGACCCUAGGCAAGAAGGUUCUGCUCUCGAUUGGUGGUGAGAUGAACUGGCAAAGCGACUACUCCGUAUCUUCGGUUGCCGAAGGCGAGUACUUUGCCCAAUUCAUGUUCGAGGCUUUCGGCCCUUUCCAGUCUGGCUAUGAAGGCCCCCGACCAUUCGAUAUCGGCGAGUACGACCAUACCUGUGUUGAUGGUUUUGACUUUGAUAUUAAGACCAAGUUUGCUGACCAGCAACCCUACAUCGCAAUGAUUAACAAGUUGCGUGAGCUUAUCAACAACUAUGAUGAGGACAUCAUCCUCACCGCCGCGCCUCAAUGCCCCCUGUCCACCCAGUACUUCCAGAUGGACAGCAUCCUGGCUGAGGCCCAAUUCGACAAGAUCUGGAUCCAGUUCUACAACAACGAGGGCUGCGACGCAACGACCGAGGCCUUCAACUACGAUGACUGGGAGACUUUCAUCGAGACCACUGCCAACAAAGACGCGGAGCUUUACAUCGGUCUUCCGGGAUCCCCCAAUGCUGCCGCCUCCGGGUAUAUCACGCCUGAAGCGGCAAAGACCCUUAUCUGCGACUACCGCUCCAAGGCACACUUUGGUGGUGUUAUGCUGCGGGAUGCAUACUACGCGUCGCAGAAUAUUAAGGAUAGCAAGACUUACUACGACUCAAUUCACGAGGCUCUUCAGUAUGGCGCAUGCGAUGGUGAUGCUAUUAGCAGUUCAUCCUACGUUGUGUCUUCGACGACUUCGUCCAACAGCAGCUCGCAUGCCUCCUCUACCGUGAGUGAGACAUAUUCCGGCACCUCAAAUGCAUCAUCGACUGAGCGCACCACGUCUUACCCCAUCUCAUCAACAACAUUGUCCGCUCCGUUCCCGACCAUCACCGUACCUCCAUACAGGAAUUCGUCGUUCAGCAUCCGCACCCGUACCUACACCAGCAGCUCAACCAGCUCUGAUGAUAACGACGAUUACUGCACGGAUGAUUGUGACGAUGAAACAACUGCCUACUCCGUUACUACGACGUACAGCUACCCGGCGACUGAGAGUUUGAGCAGUAGCUCCUACGCUAUCACGAGUAGCACUACCGCCCCGGAGACGACCUCUAACACGUUGUCAUACGGUGCUACCCCGACCAUCACUGGCGACUCGCUUCCUGAGGACGAGACUUCAAGCUCAUAUACCAUGUCGGAGACCUCGAGCUAUUCUGCCACUACUACCUAUGGUGCUUCGGAGACCACCACAUAUGGUAUCUCUGAGACCACGACUUACGGUGCUUCGGAGACUUCCACAUAUGGUAUCUCUGAGACUACGACGUACGGUGCUUCGGAAACUUCCGCAUAUGGUAUCUCUGAGACCACGACUUACGGUGCUUCGGAGACUUCCACACAUGGUAUCUCUGAGACCACAACGUACGGUGCUUCAGAAACUUCCGCAUAUGGUAUCUCUGAGACUACGACGUACGGUGCUUCGGAUACCUUCACAUAUGGUAUCUCUGAGACUACGACGUACGGUGCUUCGGAUACCUUCACAUAUGGUAU